GCAUGCGCGCCGCAGGCCGACAGGGGCCAGAGCCGAAGCGGGGCAGGCGGCGGCGGAAAUCACCGAAGCAGCGGGACGUCCCGAGACCGUUGUCGAGGCCCUCUGCCACCGCCCAGGCUGAGGGCCAAGCCCAGGCCGAAGCCGUCAGGCGCCCGAGCGGAGCCGAACCCUUCCGGAGGGAGCCGAUCACUUCCGAAGCGGACCGAUCGAGCUACGGGAGCCGAGACGGGCCGCGCGGCGCCGAGCGGAGCAGCCGGGGCCGGAACGCGGAGGAGCCGGGCCGGGGCCGGAGCCGGAGCCGGGGCUGGGGCGGACAGGCGGCAGGCGGCGGCGGACAGUGGGCGGGGGCGGCCGGCCGGCCAGGGCCCCGAGGAGGCGGCGGCGGCGGCAGGAUGAUCAAGCUGUUCUCGCUGAAGCAGCAGAAGAAGGAGGAGGAGUCGGCGGGCGGCACCAAGGGCAGCAGCAAGAAGGCCUCGGCCGCGCAGCUCCGCAUCCAGAAAGACAUCAACGAGCUUAACUUGCCCAAGACCUGCGAGAUCGACUUCUCGGACCAGGACGACCUGCUCAACUUCAAGCUGGUCAUCUGCCCGGACGAGGGCUUCUACAAGGCCGGCAAGUUCGUCUUCAGCUUUAAGGUCGGCCAGGGCUACCCCCACGACCCCCCCAAGGUGAAGUGCGAGACCAUGGUCUAUCACCCCAACAUCGACCUGGAGGGCAAUGUCUGUCUGAACAUCCUCAGAGAGGACUGGAAACCAGUGCUAACGAUAAACUCCAUCAUCUACGGGCUGCAGUACCUCUUCUUGGAGCCCAACCCCGAGGACCCCCUGAACAAGGAGGCGGCCGAGGUCCUGCAGAACAACCGGCGCCUCUUCGAGCAGAACGUGCAGCGCUCCAUGCGCGGCGGCUACAUCGGCUCCACGUACUUCGAGCGCUGCCUCAAAUAGGGGGGGACGGACGGAUUCCCCCCCUCCCCCCCGGCCGGCCCCACUCCUCCGGGCCCCUCCCCGCCCCGGCCGCGCCCCCGCGGCCCCCGGGCCACGUAUUUAUUGGGGGCCGGGGCCUCGCGCGGGAGGGGGGAUGGGGAGGGGUUUCGGGCCGCCCCCCGCCCCCGGUGAUUUGGUUGGGUUGUUUUUUGUAAACCACGUGACGGGCGGCUGCUGCCCGCCCCGCCCCCGCCGUCCCGCUCCGAGAAGGGAAAUGAAUUGGAUUGUCCCCGGACCCCGCCCCCGCUCCCGCUCGAGUUUGUGUCAGGUUAUUAAAGGGGAAUGUUGACGCAG